AUGGCGCGUGUCGGCAUCCUGCUUCCCUUCCCCCGCCGCGUCCCCCCGUCGACAUCCCGCGCGGCCCUAGUAUGUAGCCCCGCCGCGGCCCCCGCGCGGCACCUUGACUCUCCUAGCUCAGCGCGAAGCUUCCGCGCCUCACUGUGCGCGCCUAGGGCGCUCGCGGGGAUUGUCGGAAACGACAAACAGCUACUGGCCUCCGCUUGCGGCGGAGAGGGCGCAGGAAUCGGCGCAAUUAGAGGUGUGUCCAUCGGCGCUGGGGGUAGCGCAGCAGACGCGCAGCUGCGGUCGUCGGAGGAGAGGAAUGGUGGCGCGGAGGUCGUGCGGGCUAGCGCGUCUGGUGGGGCGGAGGGAGGGAAGGAGGGGCGGGGCAAGGGGAGGGUGGGGAAGAAGAGCAGAUCGAGCUACGGCGCGGAGCACAUUCAGGUGCUGGAGGGGUUGGAGCCGGUGCGGAGGCGGCCAGGCAUGUACAUUGGCAGCACCGGGCCCCGAGGCCUGCACCACCUGGUGAGCCCACCGCCUUGCACUGCUCUGCACUACCUGGUGUACGAGGUGGUGGACAACGCCAUCGACGAAGCGCAGGCGGGCCAUGCCAGCACAGUGGACGUGUACGAGGUGGUGGACAACGCCAUUGACGAGGCGCAGGCGGGCCACGCGAGCACAGUGGACGUGCUGCUGGGGGCUGAUGGCUCCGUUGAGUCACCCACUCGCCUCCCCUCACUGGUGGAGACCGUGCUCACUGUGAGUCACCCACUCGCCUCCCCUCACUGGUGGAGACCUCGGCAUGACCUCGACUCAGCCCUCAGCCUUGACUCAGUGCAUACCUUCCUCCUCGCUGCACCGCCUCUCCCUCAACCUCAGGUGCUGCAUGCGGGCGGCAAGUUCGGGGGCGACUCAAGCAGUUACCGUGUGUCAGGGGGCCUGCACGGCGUGGGAGUGUCGGUCAGGCUGGAAGCACGCGUGUGGAGGGACGGGCGGCAGUACUCACAGCGCUUUGAGAGGGGCGUCCCCGUAGAGGGGAUGAGGGUGGAGGAGGAGGAGGGUGCAGGGGCACACGAGGGGGGCGCGCAGCGCACAGGCACUCAAAUACACUUCCUGCCCGACCCCACAGGUGCUGCAACGGCUGUGUUCACCACGACCACGACCCUGGACUUCACCACCAUCGCGGCGCGCCUCAGAGAGCUCGCCUUCCUCAACCCCCAGGCAAGAUCACCCGUCGUCCCCUCUGCCGCCUCUUCAUCGUAUGGCCGCCUCUGCCGCCUGGACAAGGUUGGAACAGGGCGGUCAGUGGCCUUCCACUUGCAGCUUGGCCGCGCCUGCAUCCUCUCUUUUCCCCCCCUUUCCUUCCCGACACCUUCCGCCAACCCCUUCCCCCCCUGCACGCCCCUCUCUUGUUCCUCUCCACACUCCUUCCUGCCACCCCUCUUCCCCCAUCUCCCCCCGCCACAGGUGGUGAUUCACCUGAAGGAUGAGGGGGGGCGGUCAGCGGACUUCCACUUUGCGGGCGGGCUGCUGGAGUUCGUGCGAUGGCUCAACAGCGAGAAGACGCCAAUGCAUGAGGCACAGUGGGUGGAGGAGGAGAGGGACGGCGUGGGCGUGGCAGUGGCAUGGCAGUGGAGCGUGGAUGCGUACAGCGACAGCGUGGUGGGGUAUGCCAACAGCAUCCGCACCUCCGAUGGCGGCACGCACAUCGACGGCGCCAAGGCCGCCUUCACCCGCACCCUCAACGCUGCCGCCAGGAAGCAACGGCUGCUCAAGUCUCCCCUGCCUGCAUUCUCCCUGCUUGCCCUCUCCCUGCCUGCCCUCUCCCUGCCUGCCCUGUCCCCUGCGUGCCCUCUCUCCUUUCUGCACUGUCCCCUGCGUGCAUGUUGGCGGCAGGAGAAGGAGGAGAAUCUGGCAGGGGAGCACCUGAGGGAGGGGCUCACGUGUGUGGUGGCCAUUAAAGUGGGCAGCCCCGAGUUCGAAGGGCAGACCAAGGUGGGCAACCCCGAGUUCGAAGGGCAGACCAAGGUGGGCAACCCCGAGUUCGAAGGGCAGACCAAGGUGGGCAACCCCGAGUUCGAAGGGCAGACCAAGGUGGGCAACCCCGAGUUCGAAGGGCAGACCAAGGUGGGCAACCCCGAGUUCGAAGGGCAGACCAAGGUGGUCAGCCCCGAGUUCGAAGGGCAGACCAAGGUGGGCAACCCCGAGUUCGAAGGGCAGACCAAGGUGGGCAACCCCGAGUUCGAAGGGCAGACCAAGGUGGGCAACCCCGAGUUCGAAGGGCAGACCAAGGUGGGCAACCCCGAGUUCGAAGGGCAGACCAAGGUGGGCAACCCCGAGUUCGAAGGGCAGACCAAGGUGGGCAACCCCGAGUUCGAAGGGCAGACCAAGGUGGGCAACCCCGAGUUCGAAGGGCAGACCAAGGUGGGCAACCCCGAGUUCGAAGGGCAGACCAAGGUGGGCAACCCCGAGUUCGAAGGGCAGACCAAGGUGGGCAACCCCGCGUUCGAAGGGCAGACCAAGGUGGGCAACCCCGCGUUCGAAGGGCAGACCAAGGUGGGCAACCCCGCGUUCGAAGGGCAGACCAAGGUGGGCAACCCCGAGUUCGAAGGGCAGACCAAGGUGGGCAACCCCGAGUUCGAAGGGCAGACCAAGGUGGGCAACCCCGAGUUCGAAGGGCAGACCAAGGUGGGCAACCCCGAGUUCGAAGGGCAGACCAAGGUGGGCAACCCCGAGUUCGAAGGGCAGACCAAGGUGGGCAACCCCGAGUUCGAAGGGCAGACCAAGGUGGGCAACCCCGAGUUCGAAGGGCAGACCAAGGUGGGCAACCCCGAGUUCGAAGGGCAGACCAAGGUGGGCAACCCCGAGUUCGAAGGGCAGACCAAGGUGGGCAACCCCGAGUUCGAAGGGCAGACCAAGGUGGGCAACCCCGAGUUCGAAGGGCAGACCAAGGUGGGCAACCCCGAGUUCGAAGGGCAGACCAAGGUGGGCAACCCCGAGUUCGAAGGGCAGACCAAGGUGGGCAACCCCGAGUUCGAAGGGCAGACCAUGGUGGGCAACCCCGAGUUCGAAGGGCAGACCAUGGUGGGCAACCCCGAGUUCGAAGGGCAGACCAAGGUGGGCAACCCCGAGUUCGAAGGGCAGACCAAGGUGGUCAGCCCCGAGUUCGAAGGGCAGACCAAGGUGGGCAACCCCGAGUUCGAAGGGCAGACCAAGGUGGGCAACCCCGAGUUCGAAGGGCAGACCAAGGUGGGCAACCCCGAGUUCGAAGGGCAGACCAAGGUGGGCAACCCCGAGUUCGAAGGGCAGACCAAGGUGGGCAACCCCGAGUUCGAAGGGCAGACCAAGGUGGGCAACCCCGAGUUCGAAGGGCAGACCAAGGUGGGCAACCCCGAGUUCGAAGGGCGGACCAAGGUGGGCAACCCCGAGUUCGAAGGGCAGACCAAGACGCGGCUGGGCAAUCCAGGGGUGCGCAAGGUGGUGGAUGGGGUGGUGAGUGACGCGCUGGCAGCAUUUCUGGACGCCAACCCGGCAGCGUGUGAAGCCAUCCUCAGCAAGGCACUCGACGCCUACAAGGCUGCCGAAGCAGCGAAGAAGGCUCGGGAGCUGGUUCGGCGGAAGAGUGUGCUGAAGUCGGCCAUGCUACCAGGCAAGCUGGCGGACUGCUCGUGUGAAGACCCUGCCAAGUCAGGUGCGCCUGGCAGUUGGGAUGGGAUGAUGGAGUGGGAAUGUGUGCAUGGUGUGGUGCCUAAAGGGCAGCUCUUGAUGCUGCUUCCCAAACGUGGUGGAGCUGAGGGAAGCAUGCGUGCAUGGCUUGGUGAACUUGGGUGCCACACUGUCUAUCCAUGUGCAGCACACUGUCUAUCCAUGUGCAGCACACUGUCUAUCCAUGUGCAGCACACUGUCUAUCCAUGUGCAGCACACUGUCUAUCCAUGUGCAGCACACUGUCUAUCCAUGUGCAGCACACUGUCUAUCCAUGUGCAGCACACUGUCUAUCCAUGUGCAGCACACUGUCUAUCCACGGUUCCAUGUGGGUAUGUGCGCCAUCCAUGUGCGCCAUCCAUGUGCGCCACUAUGCCUCCCAUGUGUGGCAGAGCGAGGAGUUUGAUCAGAAGGCGCUGCGCUACCAUCGCAUCAUUCUGCUCACCGAUGCUGACGUGGACGGUGCUCACAUCCGCACGCUGCUCCUCACCUUCCUCUUCCGCUACCAGGUGCUCUCUUCCGCUACCAGGUGCUCUCUUCCGCUACCAGGUGCUCUCUUCCGCUACCAGGUGCUCUCUUCCGCUACCAGGUGCUCUCUUCCGCUUCCAGUUUCUCCCUUUGCUCCAAACAUGCAUUUUCUUCCACCCUUCAACCUCCUCUAUGGUCAGAUCGUCUUUGCUGCCACCAGUGCUCUGGGGACAGCUGAUUUUCUUGAAACGUCCUCCCACACCCCACCGGCUUCUUCAUCCUCUCACUUUCAUCCCAACCUCCCCUCCUCCAUCACCCCACCCGUGCAGGUGGAGGUGGGGCGGCAAGCACCGGUGUACUGCUACAGCGAGGCGGAGCUGCAGGCGCACCUGCGCUCGCUGCCCGCGUCUGCGUCCCCAACAAUCCAGCGCUUCAAAGACGUUGCUAUGGGAGACGUUGCUAUGGGAGACGUUGCUAUGGGAGACGUUGCUAUAUAUCGUCUCCCUCUGCCCUCCCUGUGCCCUCCCACUGCCCUCCCUCUGCCCUCCUUGUGUCCUCCCUCUGCCCUCCCACUACCCUCCCUCUGCCCUCCUUGUGCCCUCCCUCUUCCCUCCCUCUGCCCUCCCUCUGCCCUCCCUCUGCCCUCCCUGUGCCCUCCCUGUGCCCUACCCCUGUGCAUCACCCCCUCAGGCCUGGGUGAGAUGAUGCCAACACAGCUGUGGGAGACGACACUGGACCCCAGCCAGAGGCGGCUGAAGCUCAUCACUGUGGACGAGGCAGCACAGGCCAGUGUCACCCUCUCCGUGCUCAUGGGGGAUAAGGUGGGGCCGCGCAAGGAGUUGAUUCAGACAGUGGGAAGCAGGAUGGCAGCAGCUGGCUUGCUCGACAUCUAG